AGAACUGAUGAUGCUGAAUCUGUGAUCGGACACUGUCAUCUCUGUGAAGCGCGCACAAUGGAUGAAUCCCCUUCUCAAGAGAUAAAAGAAGAAAAUGCAGUUGUUGACGAGGAUAAAGUAUCAAGUCAUAAAACUAAAAGCUAUGGUAUUUCAAUCGAUCCAGGUUUGAUUCCCUCUGUUCCCGUCGAAGAGCAAGCCUCGGUUCUGAGGAAUUUGGGUGUGAAUGUGUUCAACCAGGAUGAAUUUGAAGAAGGUGUUUUAAAGCAGGUUGAUGAGGCUAUUGCUGUGAAAGAGACUGAGGAGCUUGUUAGAGGAUGGGAGAAAAACUUGAAGGCGGUAAAUGAAGAUAUCAGGUGGGAUAUUGUUCUCAAUAGUUGAAUUAUCAGCUUAACUGCACGAUACCCUGCCACUUUAAAGCAACCCCUAAAAAUAGGUGGAUACCCAGAUACUCAGUCACUAGGUAUCUGUGUAUCCAUGUAUCCACUUAAUGUCAGUACGUAUCUGCCUAUCCACUUGGUAAAUAUCUUUAAAAUAAUUUUAACUGGGCAUCCGUGUAUCCGCAUAUUUAAGACAGCACAAAAACAAUACCGUAUGUCUAUGUGUCAUUCUUAAAGCCACUGAAAGUAGAAAAUCACAUAAAAGGGAUAACUGCAUAUCCAUGUACCCAGCUCUUUCAAGGAUACAGCUUCGAAGUGGUAGGGUAUUCUGCAGUUACUCCAAGUGAUAAAUAUAGUAUAAGUAUAGACCCUCUCAGGCCGGUUAGCUCCGAUAGAAAAUGUAAGUAACAUGGCCUUGAAACAGCAACAUAAGCCAUGAAAUGGCAACAAGCAACAUUAAGUUAUAUAGAUUCACUAGCAGGGACACGGCUGAAAGUCAUCCUCAAUACCGGGUUACUCCAGAAUUUUUUUCUUGCCUCCCUCCCCUUCCUCUGACUGAUGGUUAUAUAGUUUUUUUCAAUCCUUCUCCUGUGAGAAUUUCCAGAACGUUAUCAGCUAGGGGGGAAGGGGAAGUGUUGUUUUUUUCCUGUAAUUUUAAACAAAGGGGUUUGAACUUGAUAUUCAAGACAUGCUUAACCCCAUUCACCACUUUAGAGAUGAGAAAGGCACUGGAGCGGAAAUGCGUCCCACAAUUGUUUAUGGGAUCAUUAUUGGGGAUGCGCUGGUCAGCUAUUGGUCAAUUUUUUCGCUGUCCCUAGUAAAAGUCUCAAAAGUCUUUGUGCAAGUAAACUUGGCCCAGUUCCCUUCUUGUUUCUAAAGGGGUAGUCUGAGAAAACAUCUGACAUUUGGUGACACUACCAGUGGUUUUCCCCGCUAAAUGCCAUCUGAGAAGCAAGUGCAAAAAUUCCAUACUGAUGACACAUUACUACCCGGAGCUGGGUAGUGCUUCUGAUUGGUUGAGUCAAAUUUCCUACGUGGCACGACCAAUCAGAAACACUACCCAGAUCUGGGUAGUGACGCGUCAUCAGUGCGGAAUUUCUGUGCUCAUUUCUCAGACGUCAUUUGGUGGGGAAACCAGUGGUAGCAUCGCCAAAUGUCGGCUGUUUUCUCAGGCUACUAAAGGGGCAAUUAAGGUCAAGCGGGUGGUGCAAGUCAGCUGUCUGCUGCUCAUGAAUUUCCAAGGAUUUAGUCAGCACUUAAAGCUUCUCGAGAACACACAAGAAUGAAAUGCUAUCGAAGAAGCUAUCACUUUUAGUGAGUAAACCCUUUGUCCAAUGUCAUGUAGCAUCCAAUGCCUGGCUAUUAAUUAUACUCUGUAUAAACAUGCAACAUUAUAGGACAGUGGAAGAAGAAAUACAGGGGAUUGACAAGAUUUUAAAACAACUUGAGGGGAAGAGUGGAUCAGGAUAUGAAGCAUGGCGCAGAACACAAGCAGUUCAGAAGCAAAAGGAUAACAAGGUACAUGUACUGGUACCACCACCGCUGCCACUGCUGCAUGCUACUCCUGUUUUAGUGUGUAUGUAAUAUAGUCAAACCCCACCUUACGGACACCCUCCUAAUAUCGACACCCCAUUAUCACAGACAGUUUCCUUUGUCCCUGAGAAAAGAAAGCCCUUAUAUUUUGGCUAUAUUCAACUUGCUUAACCCUUUCACUGCCAAAUAUGACCAAAGGCAAAUUUGAGAAAAAUCCCAAAUUUCAUUUUGUAAAAUUUUUUAAAACAAAUAACACCACAUGAAAGUACUUGCAAAGAGAUUUCAUUUGAAUGGUCACACCAUAGGAUUUUGUCCACAGAAGUAAAAGUUAGAACCACCUCACAAAUUCCAUCAUCCAGUCUGGCAGUGAAAAGGUUAAAUGGACACUUUCUAUGGCUCCCUUAGUGUCAGGGUUUGACUCUACUGAAGAUCACUUUCAGCUGUACGUUCUAAGAGGACAACUGUGAAACAAGCCUGAAUUUUUUUUGUCCUAACAGCUACGGCAGCUAAAGAAACUGCAAGCAACGCAGAAGUCUCUGCACAACAAGUUGGGUCUUUUGGAUGAAGAUACUGAUAUCGAUGUCCCAGGUAAUGAGACAAGGUGUCAUUGUAAUAAUGCUUCCAUUGUAUGCGGCAAAAAGUCUUUCCAUACUGAAUACAAAAGUACCAUUAUUCUGUCUCACCACAGCUAGAAGUGAUGGAUAAGAAGUGUUUUGUAGCAUUUUGGAGUGCUAGCUUUAUGCUUUAUCAAAUGAUGGCGCAUUUGCUUGAUUAAAACUAGAACUUUGAAGGUGUUUAGUAUAGUUGAUGGUAAGAGAAAUUACAUGUGAGAAGAAUAAUUAAUUAAAUUUAAAUUAUUUUUUAAAUUUGUUGUAUAUUAGACAUCUGGUUUCUAAAAACUUUACAAAGCCUGUUGAUAUACCUUUUCCAAAUACAAUAAUGUGCAUGCAAAUGUAUUGAUUCCAGAUAAAGUAAAUGCUUCUGAUGUUGCCGCCCAUCAAAGCGAAACCCACAAAGUUCCAGUCACAUUACAGAAUCAUUCUGCAAAGGAUGAGCUGAUUAAGACAGGUGAGAUGACACCAUUUGGAGGGACUGUGGGAAAUGCUAAGGACAGAAAAGAGAUACAACUGGAAAAAGUAGGAUCAUUUAAUGAACAAAGUGGAGAUGUGGACAAAAGAACCCAAGAAGUACAAAGGAAAUCUCUUGUCAGAUCAUUAGCAGAUGAUGGAGAGAUUUCUGACAAUGAUGAUGACAAUAAUGAUGAUGAUGAAUUUGUUCCUGAUGACAAUGAACUUAAGUACAGUUGGUAUGAGGAUGAUAGUGAAGAAACCAAGAAAGUGGACCUUGGAAAAGGAAAGAAACCUGCAGCGAGCAGACGCUCGCUGAAUGUUGCAUAUAGAGAAGAGGAUGGUUUUAAACCCAAGAAGAAAAAGAAGAUAAAGAAGAAAAGUAGAAAGAUUGACACCAGACCAGUUGAUGAUGGAAGUGAGAAAAUGUACCGUCAAAGAAUCAGGUAAUUUAGUUACCAAUAGACAUUUUUUUUAAGUAAUGUAUCAAUAAUGACUUUCUUCUGAAGAUACUAAAAACAAUUCCAGGCGAUAAGAGAGAGAAGCCCGCGAAAUACUAUCCCACUCUCCAGGAUGCUAUGACAGUGUAUGCUUGCUUGGCACUUAUGUAACCAGCAUUUGUUUAGACUUCCACUAAGAAUGAAUGGAAUGCUUAGAAUGCAAUCUGCUCGUGCAAAUUUAUACCUGCUAUCAUUUAUGAUCUGAUCACCCAUGUUUUGACCUUCCUUCAUUUGAAAUUAAUGCAAAGUGCCAGUGUUGGAGCAAGAGUGUUUUGAUCUUCAAUCAGAAGCCUGAAACUUACGCCUGCACUCCUAACCUUUGGUUAUUACUAGUAUAAAAAUACAGUGGCAUCUACAGGAUUUUCAGAGAGUGUAGAAGUAAAUGGCUUUGUUGUUGAAUAAAUAGAUUCGGAGAAAAAGCUCAGUUGACUAGCUGUCCAAAAACAUGUUGUAGGUGUUGAGUUUUACCAGCUGCCAGUUGUUUUCGACCAGCCUGAUCUAGAAAAGAACCUGACUGUACAUGUUGAGUAUAGCGCAAGGUUAACCCAUCUAAACUCCCGAAAGGUUAAGUUAAAAAUCAUAUAUUCAAGUCCAUAAGUAAUGAAGUUUUCACUUAACAGUACUCACUUGUUUACUCACUGAUACUUUUAUGUGAAAAAUCAAGAGAGUUGAGAAUCAAAGAAUUGCUCAAAAAGAGAAAGGAAUCCCAAGCCGAUGAAAGUGAUGAAGAAGAGCUUCCAGACAUGGAGUUUGACAAGGGGCUGAAAAUUCCAGGGAAAAUCUGGCAUAAAUUAUACAAGUAAGUCUGACAGAGAGUAAAAUAUUUAGAUUCUCAAACUUAUUAAUUUUACUGGACCAUGUAUAACAUCCCUCCCAUUCAUCCUAUCCAUCCAUCUUUUCAUCCAUCCCUCCCCUCACCCUCUCAUACAGUAAAUUACAACUGCAUGGCAUUGCAGCACAUUUUGUUAAGGUUAUCCAACUGGGGAGCUACAACCCUGGACAAAACUGUUGAGACAUUUCCAUGUAUCUUUCAAUUUUGUGCCGUGCAACCAUCUCGUCGAAACGGAACAAAGUCACCCCUCCCCACCCCAUGUGCAUAUCUUGUGUUACCGCAAACAACAUUGUAAUAGGGGAGGGAGGAAAUGGUCUUUUAAUUUGCGAUGGUAAGUAUUUUUGUCAGGACGAAUGCAAAAAAGUACGUAUUUUUUUAAUAUGUCUCAAGAGGUUUUUUCCAGGGUUCUAGUGAUGGAUAAUUUCAUGCGGACCUGGAUUGGUACAUAAUGAUAUUAUUGCUGUUUUAAAGUAGUUAUAAAUAGACAAAAGACUAGCCUCAUUCCACCAUUUUCCCACCAUCAUUUUCACUCAUCCAUUCAUCUCUAGCCUUCUCUUGUGUCGUUGGAUCUUGUUGUGUCCAUCCAUUCAUGAUCUCAUUCCAUCAUUCCUUACACUGUUCAUGUAUUCCAUUGUUUACUAACCUUUUGUUAUUUGACCUAUGACUGUAAGAUACCAGCAAACAGGAGUUCAGUGGCUUUGGGAACUUCACUGCCAACAGGCGGGUGGCAUUAUUGGUGAUGAAAUGGGCCUGGGAAAAACAAUUCAGAUUAUUGCUUUUCUAACUGGACUCAAGCACAGCAAGAUAUCAGCAAAGAAAAAAAAGUAAGAGGAGUCCAGUAACAUGUAUAGUAAUUGAGGCAGUACAAUCUCACAUUGAGAAAGUCAAACCUCACCUGUGUGUGAUAACUUCAAACCUUGAUUGACAUCUUCUGUCCAACCUAGUUAUGUAAAUGUAAUAUCUAAACUUUUGUAAACUUAUGAGUGCACAAAAUCAAAAUUUAGAAUUUGUAUGUAAUUGUAAGGCUUAGAGGAUUACCAGUGGUAAUGUGGUCUCAUUGAUUUCCCUGAACCCUAGGCAAGUACAGUUGUGCUCUAAAGCUGUAUCUUGUUCAUUGAGGAGGUUAAUAAAAUCUCCCAUGUUCAUUCCAGCCUGGUUUGCUGUACCUUAAUAAUAAAUAGAAGAUAAUUUUUCAACAGGCAUGGUGGCCUUGGUCCAGUUUUGAUUAUUUGUCCUGUCACAGUUCUUCAUCAAUGGGUGCAAGAGUUUCACAAAUGGUGGCCUGAGUUUAGGGUAGCUGUAUUACAUGAAACAGGAACUUACCAGGGAUUCAAGGUGAGCCAAAAGAAAGAUUUAGAAUCACAUCUAUGACAAACAGCAACCAUCAAGAAUAUUAUUGUACCAAAUGAACCAAGUUUUUACUUGUCAUUUAGUGUUCAUCGUGUUGGCAUAAAAAUUGGUACAUCUAAAUGUAUGUGUGCAUGACCGACUCCUCUUUAUUUUUAAACAGAGGAAAAAAGGUGUGAAUGUCUCUGUAACGAUGAUGAUAACAAUGAUAUUAAUAAUGAUGUUGAUAAUAAUACAAAUAAUAAACAGAAUAGAAUAAGUAAAUCAAUGAAACUAAAUAAUGGUUUUAGUCAUGGCAUAUCUGUUACAGGUCACAAUUUAAUUCAGGUUAAAAAUUUUUUAACCUGCAAUCCGCCAUACGGAAAAAGAAGGCAGCUGUACAUUUUACCACAAUUCCUUUCAAACCUAACACGGCCAGUAACAAAUAAAGUUAUAUUUUGGGGGGGCGAAAAUCGUCCCCGUAAUAGCAACAUUGCCUAUCCUAGGUUUGAAGUUUAUAAAACUUUUCUGUGCGUUUUUAUGAGCAAUUUUGUGGUUUUCGUGUGCUAAGAAUUGUGGGUAAAUGUACCAAUCACCAUCUUUUUCGGUACGGUGGAUUGUAGUUGAUUCUCCAUUUCCUUUGUCUCGUAGCCAUAAUUCAUGAAUAAUUAGGGCUAGGAGACAAAGGAAAUUGAGAUUCAACCUGGAUUAAUUUAAAAAAUUAUCCUAAAUUUAAUAUCCAAUAAUUAUUAUUUUGACCUAUAAAAUAUCCAACAGAUGAUUUUUGGUUUAUUAAUUUUAUAGCAAGAACUGAUCAAGAAGAUCUGUACUGAAAAUGGUGUGUUGGUUACAUCAUAUUCUGGAAUGCGUCAACACCAGGAUAACCUUCUUGCUCAAAGGUUUGAUUAUGUCAUCUUGGAUGAGGGUCACAAGAUAAGAAAUCCUGAUGCUGAGAUAACACUGGCUUGUAAGCAGGUACUGUCUCAACAAGAUUUAAAGUUAAUUUAAAUUUAAAUACUUAAUUGUCCACUUCCCUUGUGGGGCUUUUCAGAAACAAAGAAAUUAAACUAAUGGAACCUUCAUGAUGUAACAAGGUUAAGAACAUCAUCUGGUAGGAGACGAACCAGUGGGUUAUUUACAAGCAUGGCUGAUAAUAUUAUUCACACUUGGGACUACCAUGGAUAAUAGAAAGACUGGAUAGGAAACUUAUGUCACGUGGGCUGAUUUCUUAUCGCCGAUUGGUUAGUUCGUGCUCCAAGAUGGCGUUGGAUGGUUCCAUCAUAGUGGAGGUUUGUGACGAAACGAUGGCGAAAAUGUGGCGCAAACCAGUCGAAAUGUAGGGUUUCUUUGCCUGCAUGUCGUUCUUUUUCGGAUUUUUUAGUGGUACUUUAAUUUUUGAUGGGUGUUUUUUCCUUCGUUUGUUGUCUUACGGCGAUGGCGAUCCUUCAAAGCCACACUUGAACCUUCAAGGUAAGCACUUCUUGUUGUUGUUUUGUGUUAUUUGUCCUUGUCUUUGAGAAAACUGCGUCCCAAAAGUUGACCUUACCAGAGCUAUAUUUAGUACACUUGGCGACUGUUUUGGGACGCCUUUGUUAUGAAGAUUUACUCUUGUUUCUAUUCUUAACUACGAUUGACAGAUGUGUUAAGGAUGGAAUUGUGGCAUAGGCAUAGUUACAGACUGAAUACUGUUAUUUUUCAGCCAUAAAUUUCAUUUGAAAAUGGCUGAAACGCACUACGUUCGGAGCUGGAGCCUAGCAAGUGUACGCACACGGUGUGUAAAGUUCCAAUCGACUGACAAGUUUGUGUUGAGAACUGUUUCGCUCAAGUAAUAUCCCAGAUUAACCCUGCUCAUUGUUCGUAUUAAAAAAGCAGUAUGUUAAUUUCGCUCAUCUUUUAAUGUUGAAAUAAAACUACUCUAUUACAUAUCCAGUGAAUACAAUCGCCUCACCGCUCUCCUCGCAGCCUGUAUUCGAAGGCACUGAAGAGACUUGAAUAAAUUUUAUACUUUUCCCUUACAUAAACUAUAAAUAAUUGUUGCAUCAAUGGGAAAACACCUACUGACAUUUCUGUCCUCCGUUUAGGCUCCUAAUUGUUGUUGUUAUUUUUUAAACAGUGUUUUAGAUUUCCUUUUGUUUUUCUUUCUUGUAGGAUUUGCUGAACACACAUAGUCAAUAAAGACAGUAAAAUUGUGGUCAAGUACUCUUCUGAGAGGGCACAAAUCAAUCAAUCUUUCUGUAUGAAACAGCAACAAAGUUGCUUUUGUCAUGCAUGAGAGCCAGAAGGUGGCAUCUAAAUUAUUUAUGAUCAGAAACUUUAUUUAUCACUUCUGAAGUGUAUUUGUUACUCUUUUGUGAGUGGGACAAAUUAACUGUGUUUGAGGGUCAAUGCUUGUAUUAGCUACAGAGUCAUGUGUUUAAGUUGGUUAGUGUUUUUCCCUGAAACGGUCUAUAUCUGAAUCACAUUGUUUUUCAAACCAAAGAUGGACUUGAUUAGCACUAUUAUUGUAUUCGGUUUUUUAGAGAUCCAAAGCAACAAUGUAUCUGUAGAUGCUAAACCUUACCAAGGUAUAUUCUAAAUCAAAUUAAUAAAACAUAUACCUGUACUUGUUUGAGGUAUGCAUUUUGUUUUCAACAACAUGAUAAUGUGACCAGACAGUCAUAUUUUUUCAAUCCCUCAUCCACUUACCUCAGACUAAACAAAAACCACAUAACCCCUGAUGUUACUGUUUGUUUUCUCUUUUUUUUUUCAUAUAUAUAAGAAGCUUCUAUUUUUCUUUGGGAACAGUGUUUAUGUUUAUUUCAGAGGUGAUGUACAGUAUUCCCUAUCCAUAUCAUUAACACUACACAAAAACUUAAACUUUGUUUCAUCCUAAAAAAGGUCAGUAUUUCAGAGAUAAUACAUUUCUAGGUUUUAUUAAGCCUUACGGAAGACAAGUGUUUCCCAAUGAAAAAGAAGUGAAGGUUCUACUAUUAACCGGGAGAGUUUGCUUCCCAGUUUGUAUUCUAGUAGUUAACAGUUAACCGUUUUACAUAACAUUUUUAAAAGCGUUGCAGUUCGCUUUUUCAAAGACCUGACUGAAAAGUACCUUGGGUCACUGUACAUUUAUACCUGAAAAUGACAAAACAACUUGCUUCACAAUGAAAAUUGAUUUGAAAAAGUUUAGAAACGGCGUUUCCACGGUGGUCCGCAAGCAAAUUUCCUUUCUCUGCUGUGAGCUUUUCCCCGCUUUUUUAUAUUUCUCAAAUACGACUUCUUGUCACUGGUUGGCCGUAAAUAAAAUUGAAGGGAAAAUUAAACGCUUGUUUGAGCUGGGUACUUUUACCGCUAAUAAAAUCAUUUUGUCAAGGGUUGUUAACUUAUAAAAUUUGACACUCGCUGAGCUUGUUGAUAAAAGCAGAAAAGAAAUUUUGAAAACCGUGAUAAAAAGGGUUAAAAUUAUUUCCGGUUUUCAUAUGGUUUGAAGAAAAUUAGGCUGUCCCUUUUUUAUAGGUGUUUUUUAGCUGCAUACAUGUAAGUUUUCGCAUACUUUUUAUGUAGUUAGGCUUCCCGUUUGGUGCAUAUUAAAACUUAUCGGGCGCUGGAGUCAUUCGUCGCUUUCACAAGUUUCAUAAUCAUUUACUCCGUCUUUUGCCUCUACCAGUUUUGUACCCUCUAACUGUCUUCUCCAAGAGGAAGUCCUCUUCAUCCUUUACUUCAAAACAUGGCCAAUAUGUAUAGUCGAAGGCAGAGAUAGUGAAAUAUGCAAGGAAACAUAAGACGCGCAAAACGUCGAAAGAGGUUGAAUGGCUCUCAAUAAUGUGACGUCACAUUUUUCCACUAUGUUGGAACCGAUCGCGUCAGCCAGUUUCCUAUCCAGUCUUUCUAUUAUCCAUGGGACUACCAAGAACUAAUCUGUUACACAGUUGGCGUGGGACAUAAGAACUCAGGGCCUCGGGAUUACAAGUCCGUUCUCUAAACUCUAAGCCACAGUGCCUCCUUUUUAAUUAACUGAAAUAACCUCAAAAAUAUAGGUAACCUGCCCCCAAAACCAGACACCUUUAAGCCUUGUACCAUGUCAGUCAGUCUAUUGAUGUGGAAGCCUCUGUAGACUGCUAACAGUUUCUCAGGAUUGUUGGGGGGAGGGCAUGUCUACAUGACAAAAUAAGGAAAAAUGGGGAGAAGGCUUUCCAAUUCUCCCUCAAUCUCUUUUCUGCUUGCUUAAGUUUCCUCUAGUUUUGCAUGUCCGCCUGUACAGCUUGCCCAGCUUUGCUGACAGGCAAGUUGCUUAUACAUGUAGCAGGCUAAGCCUUCUCUGAGUUAAAUGGACGACUAGAGCAACUUAAGACAACUAGAGUUAGCCCUCAAGGGUGUCUGGCUCAAAGAGAGUUCACUGUCUAUUUUCUGUUUGUCUCACAGUUCAGAACUCCUCACCGGAUCAUCCUUUCAGGUUCCCCCAUGCAGAACAACUUACGAGAACUGUGGUCGCUUUUUGACUUUGUAUUUCCUGGCAAACUUGGAACUCUCCCAGUGUUCAUGACCGAAUUCUCUGUACCGAUAACAAUGGGCGGGUACUCAAAUGCUACAAAAGUUCAGGUACACAACAGACAUUAUGCCUUUGAAUAAAGCUCAAUACAAUAGUUUAGUAAUUAGUGAGACGUAAUAAUCUGUUGCUCAUAUUAGAUCAGUAUAAACUGCGGGUAGUUGUCUUUCUUUCCUCUGAGCCAUGCACAAAGAGUGAAGAAGUAAACUUAUUGAUGGUAAAAAGGAAGAGUCACAGCUAUGCCUCUCACCCCUCACACACGCUCUUGAUCUACUGUGUCUUAAAAGAAAAAUAAGAGACUCCUUGCAGUCUAAAGAGAGUGGGACAAAGAUCAAAAUUGAGACCCUGAAAGAUUGCAACCCAUCGCCUUCCAUACACAAGGUGGGCAUGCACUCUAUAUACUGAGGUGGGGUGAGGGGGGCCUUGCGGGUUGAUAUGUAACAUUAUGCUUUGCAUGCUGUUGAGGUCAGUAUUAUCGAAAGUAUGUGCAGAUUACAAUAUUGUCAAUUCGUUUCAGGUUGAGACUGCCUACAAGUGCGCAUGUGUCCUUAGAGACACAAUAAACCCUUACCUUCUGAGAAGGUUGAAGAAAGAUGUUAAGAUGAGUUUGGAUCUCCCAACUAAGAAUGAACAGGUUUGGCUGAAAGUUGUUUUUCGAUCUGCUAGAUGUCUGCUUAGCAUAAUCUUAUAAGCCACAUUCCCAAAGCCUGACAAUGAUUACCAUAGCAAAGCAAGCAAAACAUUCUUGGAUGUGGAAAAUCACCUCCACUUGCGGGUGUAAUGCAAGGAGGCAGAAAAAUAUCCGGUUUUAUUUCCUUGCAUAUGGUGACGCCUCGCUAGCUUAAGUGGUAUGAAUGCAAAAGGGAUGGGCAAAAUCGAGUGCACGAGAACACAAAGGGUAUUCAAGCCAGGUGUUCCUCUCCAUUUCCCCUUCCUUUCGCACCACCAUGUUCUCACAUCACCCGCCCGAUUUUCCCCCUGCCCCCUACCCUCCAAGCACCUGUCACCCACGCUGUCCUUCUGGUAAAAGGUAAUAAUCUGUGCUUCUCAUUAAGAUUUGGUUAAGACCACUCUGCCAAUUCUGCUAAGAAAUAGAAGACUUCAUGCAGUCUAUCCUAAAGAUUGCCAGAAGUAGGAUUACCGUUUCGCUUCUUUACUUUCAGGUUCUUUUCUGUCGACUUACAGAAGAGCAGAGGGAACUGUACCAACAGUAUUUAAAUUCUAAGGAAGUGCAGGCGAUUCUUGCUGGUAACUACAAGGUAAUCCUUUCGUGUUUUAGAAACGAUUUGGCUGCACACCAACUUGUACAUUGUAGGAACGCGUGACGAACCCCUGAGAACGUUUGCGUGGAAGGCUAACCAACUUGUGUCCUUGAUCCUUUCUUUUGGAGUUAUCAUUGAACAGAAUGGUGACAAUGAACAGAACCUAGAUCGGACUGGAUCAGAUCAUUCCCAGUGACCCUAUCCCUAACCUCUUUCAUUUCGUGAAGUACAGGGGUUGAUCCGAUGAUCUCAGUGUAUGAUCUCAAUAGCCUCAGUAGCGUGGUCGGUUUUUCAUUAGUUGUGUGGUUAAAGGGACUGCUAUGUUGUACAGGCCCGGCCCCACAGUGACUGGCAAAAGGUUUUUGGUGCCCCUGUUAAGUCUGGCAAAGCGGAGUAAAUUAAAGUCAACGUUUAGUACUAGGAUGGCUUUGUUUAAAUUCCUUCCUUCCCUGUUUAAACGCCGUGAAAGCCUGAGUGGUAGGCGUUAGAAUGGGAAGAGGGGGAAAUUAAGCCGAGGCGUACAGUUACAUAAAGGGCACGUUCUCCGAUGAUACCCUCGAAUUGUGCCGCUGCUAAUCUUUCGAACAAGAUUUCGAGAAGAUUAAUGCGCAAGUUUUAUCAUACUGUAGGUUUUUCCAGGCCUGAUUAUGCUGCGUAAGAUUUGCAAUCACCCGGAUCUAACGUCCGAAGCAGGAUCCCUGUGGAAAGCCAAACAGGAUGAGCUGAAAGCUGCUGAACUGAAAGAGAGGGGCGAGGAAGAUCAACAAGACCCUGAGGAUGGGUAUGGGGACGGGAGUAGGUCUGGAAAGAUGGUUGUUGUUGAGGCGUUGUUGAACAUGUGGCGCGAGCAAGGUCAUCGAGUACUUCUAUUUUCACAAACAAAGCAGGUUAGUUAGUAAAAUGCGUAAGGGUUGCAUGAGUGGCGCAGUGGUGUGAGCACUCACUCCCACCAGUGUGGCCCGGGUUCAAAUCAAAGUGCAAAUGGCCUAUUCGGCCAGGAAUUAGGUAGACAAAGAACCAUUUCGUGGACGUGCAACCUCUAUUUCAUCCUCUUUUAAAAGAUUUAAAAGGAAUGUGUCUGUGAACCCGAACGUUCUCUCAACAUUUAUACGGAAAAUGUUGAGAUGAGAAGACUAUGCAAUUUUCCUCAUGAAAGAGGAUUGUUUCACUUAAAAAAAAAAAAAGACAAUACAGAUAUACAGUGCUUCCUGAAGAACAACAAAAUUGAGAGAGAGGGUCAAGUCACUGGGACGUUAAGACAGUCUCAAUUAACAACAUUGGCUUUAACCAAAUACUGAGAGAUUGUUUUGACCAUUGACAUAUUACCAGGGCUUAUAGACGGACCUGUUUAGUAGACUGCGAGAUAGGCAUUUAAAAGGGGGAUUUAAGGCGCACGAGUGCAUAAAGGGUGCGCACCUCGCGCGCCCAUCGGUUCUCACGCUCCUUUAUUGCCUCUUCCCCUUCAAUUAUCGUAAGAGGCUCAUGACCACUCGCGAGCGGAAAGCGCGAGGCGCGAGGGCGUCAUCUACGACUCUUCUCAAUCAGAGAACUUUCUCGCAGGCUAGACAUGUUAUCGCGAAAGGCUCAUGAUCACUCGCGAGCGGAGAGCGCGAGGCGCGAGGGCGUCAUCUACGACUUUUCUCAAUCAGAAAACAUAUUCGUAGGCUAGACACAUGUUAUUCACUUGUUUGUCUGCAACUAAAUUUCCAUCAGGUGAGGUGGACAGCCUUGCUAGCUUUGAGGACUUCCGACUUAGAGAGAGUUCGCUUUGUGAUUGGUUUUACCAUUAUUUUUCGGCUUAUUUUCACAGAUGUUAAACAUCCUGGAAAAGUUUGUGGUUUCGAAAGGUUACACUUACUUUAGACUUGAUGGUUCCACGCCGGUUGCAUCAAGACAGGGCUUGAUUAAAAAGUACAAUGAGGUAAAAGUCGAAUCUGUUGUAGUGUUGAUUUCACUGUCGUUUACCGCAGUUAAUAGGGAGGUUAAAGAUGAUGUUAUACGGGACGAUUCGCAACAACGAUUUUUAGAGCAACACAGCAUUACAGCAUUGUUGUGGCGUUAUUUCGAAUGAUGCCAGCAUUGUUCCAACAUUGCAAUGCUGUGGUUCGCUGAAAAUCGUCGAUGCAAAUCGUCACCUGUAACGUCACCUUUAGGCAACGACGACGACAACGAAAAUGUCAAAAAACAAUUGGUUUUAUGAGCAAAACAACAGCUCUACACGUGCAUCAUGCUUUUUAGUACAUUUCCUUGACGUCCACUGCAUGACUACGAUGUGAAACCUCCUAAUGCGACAUUUUAUGGAGGACGUGAACGUACGAAGAAGAAUUUUCCUCUUUUUGAACCUGAAUAAAAUCCUUAAGAAUUCAACUCCAGGAGAAAUAGCCUACAUUUGACAAAUUGAAAGGGUCCAAAUAGACGCAAUAAAGUUUGAAAAAACGCAAAUUGAAUUUUUUCAGCGUCUUUUCACUGCCGCCGUCGUCAUCGUCGUCGCUUUACCGGACUUAAUUAAUUAUUAUGUGUAAAUUGUAUUCGCUGAAUCUUUUAAGCCCCAAUAUUCACAUACAAAUUCUCCAGCCUGAUCUCCGUACGUCUCCCUAAGGAAUAAGUAGAGAGCAUUUGUUAAAAGAUCAAAGCAUUUUCCCUUGGUGAUUAUUUUAAUAAUUCUCCUAACCUAUAAGCUUGGUUAUGUUUUGAUAUUGUUGGGAGAAAAUUCAUGUUGGUCACAUUUGGGGUUUAAAAAGGGUUGAUGCCUAGCCUGCGUAGCAGGCGCUUGGAAGUAGUGAGAGAAGGGGCGCGCGCGAGGGAGACGCGCGAGGGGUGAGGGAGUUCUCCUCUCGCGUGUCUCUUUCUCGCGCGCCCGUUUUUUCUUGAGCCCACUACUUCCAAGCGCCUUCUACGCAGGGUAUUGACCACCAUCACAGGUAUCCAUCUGUUUAUUUACUCCUCCUAAAAUUUAAUUAUCGGUUGAUAUAAAUGUAAAAUCACCGAAGGAGAAAUCUAGGGCUUUAAUACUGAUAAUUUGUUAUCUAUAUGUGAAAUAGGAUCGGUCAAUCUUCAUGUUCCUACUCACAACUCGCGUUGGAGGUCUGGGGGUAAAUCUAGUGGGAGCAGACAGGAUUAUUAUUUAUGACCCUGACUGGAACCCCAGCACGGACACACAGGCGCGUGAACGAGCCUGGAGAAUUGGCCAGAAGAAACCUGUCACUAUAUAUCGCCUGAUUACUACUGGUACAAUAGAGGAGAAGAUUUAUCAUAGGUAAGAGAGAGGGGACGGCUUCAGGCGCAGCCUUUAUAAUCAACAGUCGCGUGCCUGGUACAGGCUGCGUGUUUUUCCGCCCAGAGUUGAGCUUACCGUUUGAAGGGAAACGAAUGGACUCACCAAUGCGCCCUUUGAAAUUCAGCCGGGCGGUUGUGGCGGUUCGGGGCUUGCAGGCUAAAUUUAGUGUGAUUUGCCGUGCCUUUUCGCUCUUAUAUUCCGUGCAUGAUUUCGCGCACUUGAAUUCUUUCGAACUGGCAGACGAUUUUGAAAAAAAAUGAGUAGUUCAAAUAACAAAUGCUUUACAUGUACUUAUUGCAGACAUUUCGUUUCUAUACCCUAUAUGUGUGUUAAUUUCGCGCUUCUUAUUCAAACGUUCGGCGAUGCGCAAAUCGACUAAAUAUGCGAAACUACUGCCGCGGAAGAAUUUAAGUCAUUAUCUCAUCUGACGUGUUGACUAUCUGCUCCAGGCGCUUGGCGGAUGGAAAUAAGUGUCACUGUUUUCUUUCUUUCUGUUUGGCGGAUGGAAAUAAGUGUUGACCGCAGCCUCGUUCCCAGGAUUGUUCCCGCCCUUCCCAGUGUCCAAGGGGUGUGCCCUGGGGACAAGGUUGCACAGUCUGACCACCUGAAAUAAGUGAAUACAUUACAAUGGCAGAACACAUUGGCUCACAGCAACCAUUACUGACUUCAAAUUGCAUCUCUUGGCAGGCAAAUUUUUAAACAGUUUUUGACUAACCGCGUGCUCAAGGACCCAAAGCAGCGAAGAUUCUUCAAAUCCAAUGAUCUUUACGAGCUAUUUACUCUGGACAAUUGCGACAAGCGCUAUGGCACCGAGACGAGCGCCAUUUUUGCUGGAUCUAACUGCGAAGUCAAAGUUCCUGGAGUCCACAGAAAAAAGAGAAAAAUGACAGGGGAGGAAGAUGCCACUUCCAAGGAGAAGAAGGGGACAAAGCAAGCGAAAAAAGAGGUUAGCAAGAAGGUGCAAGAUGAAGGGAACGACAGCGGCGCAUUCUGUAUCGAUUGGAGAGACAUUCAGGAGGCGAAAAAUUUAACGAAUGAUGAACUAAAGAAAGAUAAAAUUAGCAAUUGCGAGGGGGGCGAAGGAGAGGUCACUGAAACGGGGAAACAGAUAGUCGUUGGAAAUAUAGAAAACGGAAAGAAAAUUGGGCAAAUGAAUGCGACUACAAGUGAAAAUUUUACGGAGGAAAAUGCAGUUUCUAAAAAUUCUAGUAUUUCUGAAAAAGAACAAGCCCCCCCGUCCCCAUCUGAAGUUACUUCAAUUCCUGCAAGACAGGAUGGAAUAAUCAACAGCUCGCUACAGCUGGGAAUGGAAGCAAAAACAGAAAGAAAGAAAACAGUGACAUUUGCGGCCGAAAAUCUUGUAAGUGGAGAAGGUGCGAAAAAUCAAGGGACUAGUGGCGGAUAUCCCAAGAAGCGCAAGAACAAGAUUUCGUCUUUAAGCGACCAGGAGCUGAAGAAGAGAAUCAGAAUGAAAGAAAAGAAGAAAAAACGUCGAAGAGCAAGUUAGUGAUUGCUUGAUAAUUGCUUGAUUGCUUGAUAUCAUUUUGAUCUUAUUGACAAUAAGAACGUUGCAUCAAUUUGGUCAGUCAAAAAUUGUUAGGAAGCUUCCAACAUAAACUUCAGAACCGUUGUUUUUAUCUUUCAUGUUUGCCGGCUUCGUAACUAGUCUUUUCCACUAAGUGUAUAUUAUGAACCGGACAUCUGAGGGGAAACCAUCAGUCUGUUUUGUAGAGAGGAGGAAGAGAUAAUUCAUCCAUUUGAGAAAAAGAAACAAAAAUAAUAUUGUGCACUUGUGAAUAAAAUUUGUUUUUGUUUAAAAGAAAUUGAUGGUCGGGCUAUCGACAACCUGGAUUAUCAUGAAAUGUACAACCCUUCCAAUGCAAGUCAGUCAAGUGCUGAAGAAAUGGAGGAGCAGAAACAGCACAGUGCCCAUCAAGACGAGUUCAUUCUCAAGCAUCUCUUCAAGAAAACAGGUAUGAGAUGAAGGCAGCUAAAAAGUGACACUGUUUUAGAAUAGCCCUUAUCUUGGGUUCCAACAGAUUUAAACGUUCUCUUGUGAGGGUUUCAAACGAAGAAUGAAUAUUAAUCCGGUCAUUUCGAUUUUAAAAUUACCACUGAUUUCAAACACAGAUGACACAUUUUUUGGGUUACUCUCAGCCUAUGAACAGGUUCCCGGGGCUCUCUUUUCCCAUCCCCGAUCCCCUGUCCGCUUGUGGCUUCGGCCUUCGGUCGACCCCGAAGCAUCCCGCCGCACGCGAGAAAAAAUCCCUUGUACCCUGGGCAUCUUCUCGUUUAAGGGGAUGAAAAUCUCAGAUUUUGAUAUCACUUUCAGUGUUCAGGACGAAACGCCUACAUUUUUUUUGCCCUUGGGGUGCAUUUGUACUCGAAGAUUGUCUUCGCGUACACGCGCCGCAAUCGGUUUAAAGCACUUGCAUACUUAAAGCAACUCUUUUUAUGCUCUCGUGAGAAAUUAGCCAGUAGAUUCAACAACAAUUUUAUAGGUGUACACAGUGCCUUGAAACAUGACGUCAUCAUGGAAUCUAGUAAUCCUGAUUUAGCCUUGGUUGAAAGCGAGGCAAAUCGAGUCGCAGAGAAUGCUGUUAAAGCCCUCAAACGGUCACGCAGACAAUGUCUGGGUGCGGCUAGUGGUGUUCCUACUUGGACAGGCUCAUCAGGCUCAUCUGGUCUGUCGGAACCACCCCCAAAAAGGUGAAUAUAGACACGAAAAUUAUUUGUAGUGGUUCGUAUGGUAUUAAUGGUAGUCUGUCGUGUCAAGGUGGGAAGAUGGUAUAGCUUGCGUAGCCUGCGUGCAAGCCAUCCAUUUAUGGCGAGCGAACGCGCGGCGAAGCCCGCCCCACGCACUCGCGUUUCCUUUCGCGGAAUCUCUCGCGACUCAGAUGAGCUUGCCCUCAGGCUAUAGUUUGCGUAGUGACCUUUCCUGUUUGAGCAAAGCACAAGAAAAAAGGAGUAGAGCAAGACCAAGUGCCCACCGACCCGCUGAACCACUCGCCCUGUCCUGCACAUGGAAACUUAUACGCAGGCUAGAGGUGGUAGGGAGAAUUACGUUGUGAUUCAAGAUCCCACCCAGGGGGAUAGAGGUAUGAUUGUUUUACUCUCUUGUUUAGAAAAUGGUUGCAGCUUUUCGAUAUUGGAUAAAUUCAACGAGACUUUGAUGUUCGGCGUUUGGAUUGUUUUCUUUUGUUCCUAAAAAAAUGCUCUUUAACUCUUCACUAGACUAUCUUUUUGUUCUUCUCUCUUAACUAGCUUGCUAGUUUUAAUAUGGUUUGCUUUGCAUUCCUCUGCAGACCCCGCUUUGGACAGAAGAAGAAAUCUACAGCAACACAGCAACUUGCACAAGUAAGGAUUAUGUGUAUAUAAAUUCACGGGCAAUUUCCGUGUUUUGGUGAUUGCAAAGAAUAAGAGCAAGGCUUGAAUUACUUUGUUGUGGUCUGAAUAGAACUUCUUACGUAUCUUGCUUCCUUCUUACGUACGGUUUUAGGCACCCUUGUCUCUGUUUUUUAAGCUGCUCUUUGCUCUGGCGGUUUAGGCAUGUAGUGUCCGUGCCGUAUAUAGGAUUUUAGAAUAGACUGCAAUACACUGGUUUUUACGUGGUCACUGGAGAGUGCGUGGUCUUAGCCGCAAGGAAGGAGGGCGCGUCCUCGUUUCUCGCGCGCAUCGCUUAUCGGCUCGCACUCCAUAUUUCUUGGAGAGUGAGUCCCGCGAGAACUCACGCUUUGCGAUUGGUGAUUUCACUUGCCGAUUAUUUUGCGGUCAACAUUGCUGUGACAUUGUUUCGAAUUGUUGCAACAUUGUUCCCGCGAAUUUGUUGCGAAUUUACCCGAGUAGCAUCAAUUUAACUUCACGGCUGAACGCGGUUGUUUGCGGCCGUUGCGCGGCUCUGCUUACCUUGUGUUUAGGUUCUAUGGGGUCAGGUGAUCAACAGAGCUAUGAAAUAUUUUGAUAAACUGUGUAUAUUGCUACUGUUUAUCCACAGCCCUCGUCAAGCGCAGAACCCAAGCCUCACUUUAGUGGCGAUCAAAUGGGCAUGAGCAGUGCAAUCGCCGAAGGUUCGGAACCAGUCCACUCAAGUCAACUGCUCGCCAAAAUGCGGGCGAGAAACAACCUGGUAGUCAGCGAAAACGCCAACACAGAAAGUCCUGAGGACCAAAACGAUGAUUUGCUCGUUCAGAUGCGAAAUUUCAUCGCGUUGCAAUGUACAACUGUUGGACAAGCGACCACGCAAGAGAUUUUGAACGAAUUUGGUUCCAAACUUCCACAGAGCGACUCGGUCUUGUUUCGCUCGAUGCUUAGACAAAUAUGUACUUUUAAGAGAGACUCGUCGACAAAGAAGGGGAUUUGGGUAUUGAAGGACGAGUUUAGAUAAGUGCCUGUCGGGCCAGCUGGAGGUGGGGAAGACAAGCAAGAAAAUUCUGCCAGCCUUAUUCCCACACCACUGAUUGCACUUCCUGCUUCCCCGUAUUCCGCCGAUCUGCUCUCAGAAUCAAAGAAGAUAACUUGAUGCUUCAGGAAUUAAUAGGAGCUUGGUCGCCGUAAAAAUACGAGUGCACUGCAAGUGCAGGCGUAUUCUGGGUACCAGACGGUUGAUUGGGUGCCUUAGCCACGAGCCGCGAGAAAAAACCUCUGGUACCCAGGGUACGCUUGCACUACUUUUGCGCAGGUCAUUACUUGGCUGAAAACGGAACUGGAAACCGUGCAUGAGAAGUUUCUGACGACUUCAUCCCCAGGGCUUUUCCUGGGGUGCACUGUUAGUAUAAAACUGGUAGAAUAGUAAAGAAAGAAGUUUAAGUUUCCGUAUUAUACGAUCGUCCAAUUAUGUUUCGCUGCAAAAAGAUAUAAAGAGAAUAAAAAUGUAUUUUGAGAAUGAAAUGAAGAAAGAUUUUUUGUAUUUAUGAUAAAG